AUGGAGAAUAAAGUGUAUGCGACUUUUCUCUUCUCGCUUUCCAUAUUGUUUUGUGAAGCUCGCCACAAUGGCUUGGAACAAUCCACCACCGUGCAAACUCCAGAGAACCUCCUCCCUGAGAAGGCAGCUGGUAUCAAUGUUGAUUUGGCCGUGCUAAUGCAGAGACAUCAUCUGCAGGAACUCUUCUCUCGUUAUGGGGAGAACAGUACAUUGACCAUUGAAGGGUUUAGGAAAUUGCUACGUAACAUGGGCAUUGAAAAGAUUAAAAGAGUUACCAUAGACCACGAACACCACCAGCAUCAUCAUAAGCACGUUGCACCGGAUACAAACUUGGAGAAAACAGGUUGCCCCAGCGAUGAAUCUAGUGGUGUGGGCAAAGAUCUCCGGAAUAGCCAGACAAAAGUUUUGCCUGGAGUAGAGACCACUAAGCACCACCAGGGCUCUAUGAAUAGCAAGAGCACAACAGUAACCGUAAUAGCAUCUGCUUACACCACAGCCACAGAGGGCAACCCUCUUCUCCAGCAUUCUGAACCUGUAGAACUGAAGACUUCGCACACAGGAGGACUCCACAGCCCCAGUCCCAGCCUUGUCCUGGAAACCAGCAAUAUGAGUCUGCUUGUAAAUGGAAAAGCAAAUGAAUCCUUUUCUGUGAGGGAAUCUGAAAGGGGAAGUUACAUGUAUUCUAAAAUAAGAAAACCAAGCACACAAGAGUGCUUCAAUGCAUCAAAACUGAUGCUUUCCCAUGGAAUAAACACACAAGCUAUGUUGACAGCUACAGAAUUUAGUUAUCUUUGUCCAGCUAUUGUGAACCAGAUCGAUGGCAGAUACUGUAUAAUCCAUGCAACCAGUGAAAAGGCAGAGUCUCCUCCGAAAACAUAUUCAUUGCAAGUCGCUUGGAUUGGAGGAUUUAUAUCCAUCUCUAUCAUCAGCUUUCUUUCAUUACUGGGGGUCGUAUUGGUGCCACUUAUGAAUCGUGUAUUUUUCAAAUUCCUUCUAAGUUUCCUUGUGGCAUUAGCAGUUGGUACCCUAAGCGGAGAUGCUCUUUUGCAUCUCCUUCCACAUUCUCAUGGAAAUCAUCAUCAUCAUGAGAAACCAUUAAUGGAGCACAGUAAAGACCCUCCAUUGAGGCAUGUCGUCUUCCAAAGUGUAGAAGAGAGUGCUUAUUUGGAUUCCACCUGGAAGGGCCUCACGGCGCUUGGAGGACUCUAUUUUAUGUUUCUGGUGGAGCAUUUGAUCACUUUAAUCAAGCAGUUCAAGGACAAGAAGAAAAAGAAAAAGAAUGAUGAAGAUGAAGCAGAAAUCAAGAAGCAGCUGUCUAAAUAUGAUUCUCAGCUUUCAACAAAUGAAGAAAAAUCAGAUGCAGAUGAUCUUCCCUGGCUCCUGGGAUGCUGCUGCAUUGAGUGUUCCAGUUACCGGGAGUCUUGGCUCUCAUCACUAGGACCUGAAGGCGACUUGGGGGCAGAUUGCCAAGACGCAUCCAAUUUCCUUUCUCAGAAGCCAGUAUUGCAAGAAGAAGAAGAAGAAGAAGUCAUGAUCGCUCACUCCCACCAAGAGGCUGCUGACCAUGAAUAUGCCUCCCGGGGAUGUCGAAACAAAUGCCACUCCCACUUGCAUGACACCCUCGGGCAGUCCGAUAGCCAUCAUCACCAUGACUACCAUCAUAUUUUGCAUCACCAUCACCACCAGAACCAUCACCCGCACAGCCACAGUCAGCGCUAUUCACGUGAGGAACUUAAAGAUGCUGGGAUAGCCACUCUAGCCUGGAUGGUAAUUAUGGGGGAUGGACUGCACAACUUCAGUGAUGGUCUUGCCAUUGGUGCUGCUUUCACUGAAGGCUUAUCAAGUGGCUUAAGUACGUCCGUUGCAGUAUUUUGUCAUGAGUUACCACAUGAGUUAGGAGACUUUGCUGUACUUCUCAAAGCUGGCAUGACUGUCAGACAAGCAGUUCUUUAUAAUGCGCUCUCCGCCAUGCUGGCAUACCUUGGCAUGGCCACUGGGAUACUCAUUGGUCAUUACGCUGACAAUGUUUCCAUGUGGAUCUUCGCACUUACAGCUGGGCUCUUCAUGUAUGUGGCUCUUGUUGAUAUGGUGCCUGAAAUGCUCCAUAAUGACGCCAGUGAUCAUGGAUGCAGCCGCUGGGGAUACUUCCUGUUACAAAACGCUGGGAUUUUGUUAGGCUUUGGCAUCAUGUUACUUAUCUCUGUGUUUGAACACAAAAUUGUCUUUAGCAUAAACAUAUAAGAUUUUGUUUACGUUUUGGAUGUUGACCUCAGUGUUGAGAAUCAAUGGGAGGCACUUCUCCCCUCCCCUGCAGUUACAUUAGGCAUGUUAAGACUGUCUGCCGGCUUGCCCACACAGCCGAGGACCGGGCAGGGCGGGGAGUCCAAUCGGUCAAGGGCCACAUUGUGCCAAAUGUGAUAGGAGCUUAAAACGGCAAGGGAAGAGGGGUUUUUAUUUUAAUUUAUUAUUGAGUAUUGUGAACGUAUCUACAGCAUGCCAUUAAUAAAUCAGGCUUUGUCUUUGUCCUGUAUACGUCACCAAAGUGGUACACGCAUGUCAAGUGAUACUGUUUUUUAAAUGUUGUUACAAAGAGAAAAACCCGAAUGUUCUCUCUCUCUCUCAUUUCUGCUGCUGAUAGGGGGAAAUUAGUAUACUGUACAUUGUUAAGCUGUUAAACUAAUGUAAGACUUUUAAUGAAAGGGUUAUCAUUUAAAUUGCCAUUCAGAUGUAAUGGGCAAACCACAGGGUAUAUGUAGGUUUAAAUAGUUAACACUAGUUAAAACACUUAUAAUAAGGUACAGUUUUCUGCUGUCCCAAAGGGGGAGGGGGAGCAAUUUGUGCGGUUGCUUGGUGAAAUGCAGCACAUCGCUUUGGCAGUGCUAGGUAGUGAGACUUGGUGGAAGUGUUGGUAGAAAAUUGAAACCGUAGGAAAGAGAGCAGCUUGCCAAGAUGGGUAUGUGGGGUGACACAACAUUGUGAGAGUCAUGAGGGAUGAACUGCAAACAGGCCCAUGGGUGUGGGGAAGAACCUGCAGGUAGUUCUGCCUUUAACUAUGUAUCCUGUCUGCACAAUUAACAAUUGCAGAUGGGUUGUUGUCUAGAUAAAGUAGUGGUGGUGUGUAUCCACUAAGCUUUCAACAGCUGGUCGGCAGAGGGCAACUAGUUUAAUCAUGAAGACAUUUCCACACUAUUCCCAAGCUAAAAACAGAAACAGGGAUGGAAAGAGCAGAUGCCAGUCACAGCUGCUAGCGAAGCGCCAGGUCCUACAGUGCCAAGACCAUGGCCAUACAGCCCGGAAAGUCUACAACAGCUAAGGAAAGAACACCCUUCACUUCUUAGAGCACUGGGUGGUCAAAAGCUGGAUGCUGUGAAAAGCUGUAAGCAAGAAGUAACCGCCAAAGCUGACUGACAUUUCAUAGUCUAUCUUAGAUAGCAUGUUCAGUCACCAAUCUUAUUCUGCAAUACCAACUAAAUGAAUGAAAAUAAAUAAC